AUGCUAGUUGAUACUCGUUAUUCAUUAUAUUAUUCUAAUAAUCGACAAGAAUCAAAUCGUGUAUUCGAUUGUUUAUAUGCAUAUUUAAAAGAUAAGUUAAUAGAUACAGAUGCUCCUUAUACUAUUAAUUAUCAAUUAAUUCCUUAUUGUCGACGACUUGAUCAAAAUGAAGAACAAGAUAAACUAUCGAAUGGAUUGCAUGAAAACAUUGAAAAUCUUAUUACUUUUGCUGAAUUAUAUCGUCAAGGUGUAACAAGUAAACAAUUACUUGAUUGGUAUGUACCAAUAGAUAUUGCAGAACAAUAUGAAAUAGAUGGAAAAUAUUCCAAUGAACUAUUCUAUAAUUGUUCAUCAUCAUGGUUUGGUUCUAUGUGUGAAUAUACAUUUGAUAUUAAUAUAACAUUUUCAUUUAAUUAUAUUAUUGAAACUAUUUUUGAUAAUCGUAAAUUAACAACGGAAGACAAAUUCUCGACGAUUAUUGGUACAUGUUAUCGAUUUUUAACUGGUUGUAAUCGUGGUCUAUCAUCAUUAUGUUUGAAUUGGCGUGAAAUCUGUGAUGGUAAUUAUGAUUGUAUAAAUGGAGAAGAUGAAGAAUUUUGUUAUUUAUUAGAAAUAAAUGAAUGUUCUCAUAAUGAAUAUCGAUGUCAUUAUGAGGGACAGUGUAUUCCGUUAACGUUUAUGCGUGAUGGAAUGUAUAGUACUGAUUGUCUUGAUGGUACUGAUGAAAAAGAUUUUCAAUAUGCCAUCGAGGGUGUUCAAAAUCCUUGUGUCACAACUCCAAUAUUUCGAUGUGAAGAACGUACAAUUCGAUAUCCAUGGCGUUUUUCAUGCGGUGAUGAUGUCAUAAUCUUCGAGAUAUAUCGAUUCUUUCAAUUUGUUUAUUUAACUAAUCGAUCAAUAAAUGAAUUUAAAACAAAUCUUCUACCUGAUUUUAUUUGUUUCAAUUCAAGUCGAUGUCCUGCAUUGAUUUAUUUUUCUUUCGAUAUUGGAAUACAAAAUGGACUUCAUUGUUGUAAAACUAUUAAUCUAAUAAAUGAAACAAUUGACGAUUGGUAUUUUAUCGAUGUUAUAUUUCGUAAUCUUAUUCAACGUUGUUCAACAAUUGGUACAACUAAAACUUGUUCAUCUCCAUCUUUCUUUCAUUGUUCACAAUCUUUAAAAUGUAUUUCAAAACAUCGAUUAUCUGAUAGUUCUAAUGAUUGUUAUUAUGGUGAAGAUGAAUCAUUUUCUGCUUGUCAAUUAAAUGAUUCAAAACGAUUUAUUUGUCCAUCAGAACCAAACAAAUGUUUAUCCAUAGUUGCACUUGAAAAUAGAAUAAAUGAAUGUUUAGACGGAGAAGAUGAAUUAACUUCUGAUGAACGUAAUGCUUUUCAAGGACUUAUACCAUUUGGAGUUAUUUGUAAUGGUAUUUAUGAUUUCUUAUCGAUGAAGAAUUUAAGUGAAAUUGAUGAAACAUAUUUUGAUUGGUGGCCAUGUAAUAAUCCAUAUGUUCGGUGUGAUAAUAUCUGGCAUUGUCUCAAUGGUGAUGAUGAACUUAAGAGAGCGUCCAUGAGACUAUCGAGGAUCAUGCUAGAUAUCGAAGCACUCGUCAAAAUUUAG